AGCAGCUCCCCUCCUAAAUAUACCUCAAUCCGUCCAUCAUCUCCUCUCAACUUCUUUUCUCUUCUCUUCCUCCCUCAACUACACCUCUGUCCGCCACCCCCUACAGCACCAAAUACCCUUCCAAUUGCAACCAUGUCUCUCGCGAACAAGCUCUCCAUCACCGACGUUGACCUGAAGGGCAAGCGCGUCCUCAUCCGCAUCCCGGGUGAGAGCUCACAGCCGUUCCGCAUUCUGGCGAUACGGGACGAGCCGCGGCUCUUCACCUCGGAACUCUCUGCUAUGCCACGCCCGGCAUUGGAAUACACCGCGUGGCCAUACCGCUACGUCGACUUCAACGUCCCUCUCGAUGCCAACAAGAAGAUCACCAACAACCAGCGCAUUGCCGGCGCCGUGCCCACCAUCAAGUACGCCAUCGACAAUGGCGCCAAGGCUGUCGUCCUGAUGUCCCACCUCGGCCGUCCCAAUGGCGAGGUGAACCCCAAGUACAGCCUUGAGCCGGUCGUGCCCGAGCUCGAGAAGCUGCUCGGCGGCAAGAGCGUCCAGUUCGCCAAGAACUGCGUCGGAAAGGACGUUGAGGACCUCGUCAACAAGGCCGAUAACGGCCAGGUCAUCCUGCUCGAGAACCUGCGCUUCCACAUCGAGGAGGAGGGUUCCGCCAAGGACAAGGACGGCAACAAGACCAAGGCCGACAAGGCCAAGGUCGAGGAGUUCCGCAAGGGCCUCACCGCCCUCGGCGAUGUCUUCAUCAACGAUGCCUUCGGCACUGCCCACCGCGCCCACUCCUCCAUGGUCGGCAUUGACCUGCCCCAGAAGGCUUCCGGCUUUCUCAUGAAGAAGGAGCUCGAGUACUUCGCCAAGGCCCUCGAGAGCCCCCAGCGCCCCUUCCUCGCCAUUCUCGGUGGCGCCAAGGUCUCGGACAAGAUCCAGCUCAUCGACAACCUGCUGGACAAGGUCAACACCCUCAUCGUCUGCGGUGGCAUGGCCUUCACCUUCAAGAAGACGCUCGAGAACGUCAGCAUCGGCAACUCCCUCUUUGACGAGGCCGGCGCCAAGACGGUCGGCAAGCUCGUCGAGAAGGCCAAGGCCAACAACGUCAAGCUUGUCCUGCCCGUCGACUACGUCACGGCCGACAAGUUCGACAAGGACGCCAACGUUGGCUCCGCCACCGACGAGACCGGUAUCCCCGACGGCUGGAUGGGUCUCGAUUGCGGCCCCAAGUCCGUCGAGCUCUACAAGCAGGCCAUCGACGAGGCCAAGACCAUCCUCUGGAACGGCCCCGCUGGUGUCUUCGAGUUUGACAAGUUUGCCAACGGCACCAAGGCGACGCUCGACGCCGCCGUCGCUGCUGCCGAGAGCGGCAAGAUCGUCAUCAUCGGCGGUGGUGACACGGCCACCGUCGCCGCCAAGUACGGCGUCGAGAGCAAGCUCAGCCACGUCUCCACCGGUGGUGGUGCCAGCUUGGAGCUGCUCGAGGGCAAGGAACUGCCCGGUGUCACUGCCCUGUCGAGUAAGUAAAUAAAUCGAUCCUCGUCCGCGUGCGAGGAUGCGCCCCGCUCUAUGAACUCGGACAGUCUGAUGGAUGAUGGGUAAGGUCGGGCUGGCAAGGCCAGUUUGUAGGACCCCCAGGAGAAAAGAGGAGUUUUUGGUCAUGAUGAACGUAAUGCCCCCCGUGUCAUGUCCUAAGUAAACGUAAAAAGUCACGACAUCAAAUAAACAGUAAAAAGACUAGACAUGUCUGUCUCGUCCCGAAACUGAAAAAAAAGGAG